UCGUGAAACCGCGAAUCCGCACAGAUUCAUAAACGAGGAGCGAUAAGCGAGCUCAUUUGACGCACUACAACGCUGCCGUUGCGGGCCGAUAUUCAAAAAAAUGCGGACGAUAUACUAACGUAGAGACCAUAAUACGCUGCCUGAUUACAACAAACUUAUUAUACACACUCGCGUUCAGUCCUAGUGUUUGUUCGAAACGCGUCAAAUGUGGUCGAUUAACCGGACCACCAUUAUUACUAUUUAUUGUGCUACUACAAAUUCAAAUUAAGUUUGUGUAAAAGUUUUUGGUGAUUGUGAAGAGAUGAAGAGGAGUUAACACCGAACAAAGUUAACGCUUCGGGAGCGAUAGAUGUCUACAACUUAUAAAAUAAGAAUUAUUAAAGAAGUAAAAUGGUUAAAGUGUCGGUGAUUGCUUAUUUUUACACGUGUGCUCUAUUUAUAGACACCCUUGUGUAUGGAAAACCGCAUGGGGAUGUUAUUUCAACAUCUUUGCAAAUACUUUUUGAUAUACCGGAAAAUAAAAAUAAUUCGAUUAAAAUAAAUUAUUCAUACAACGAAAUUAAUCGAUUGAGAGACUAUGUGUUCUUCAACAAAAAUUAUGCUCAAGCCGAAACCAUCGAGUUAUUUAAAAACAAGAUAAGCGAUAUCAGCACGUUCGCCUUCUGGGGUCUAGAACAACUCAAGGUAGUGGACUUGUCCGAUAACCUAAUAACAAACUUGGAUGACCAGACGUUUACCACCAACCGAAAUCUUCACAAACUCGUCCUUAUAAACAACAGGAUAACGUUUAAGAGUCAUCAUAAAUUUUUAAUUUCCGAAUCCAUCGAAACUCUCGUACUCUCCAACAACAGGAUAAAUAAAAUUUAUGAUUCCACGUUUGAAGCUUUACCCAAAUUGAGGAGGCUACUUUUAACUGAUAACGCUUUGACCGAAAUCGAAAAUCGUUCGUUUCAAAGUUUAACGAAUCUUCGAUAUCUUUCAUUAGCAAAUACAGGUGUUAUACAUUUAAGUGACUCGAUGUUUAACACUCUACCCCACAUUAUUAACUUAGAUGAUACACCGAUUGCGCAGAAUUUCGACCCACCUUUAAGGCAAGUUAGGGGACACGCCAUAAAACAUCUUUUACAACUUGAAAGCGGCUCAAGGGAAUAUAUUUUACACGGACAUCAUAACAACAUAAACAAAACUGAUCCAACAACCACCGAGAUUAAUUUAUAAACUCCCAUUGUAAAUUGUUUUUAGUGUUGUUAAAAGAAAAAGACUUUAUUGACGAUUUAAUUUAAUCAAGACGGAUUUUAAUUGAAGACUUAAUUAUAUUAGUUUAAAAUUGUGAUAAGUGGUGGAAGAUUUGCGACAAAAUGUUUUCAUAUUUAAGUUGUUUUCGAUCAAAACGAUGAAGACUGUUUUAUAGGCAAAAAACUAUUAUCGCUAACAAUUUCUUUUUUGUUUUGACUGUUGAUUAUGUGUGCAUUUCACAACUUUCAUUCUAAACGCAGUUUAAAAUUUUGUAUAUUCGCCAAACAUUUUCAUAUAAACAACAAAGUUGUAUAACAAAAAAUAGAUUUAAAUAGUUUCUCCAGUAUUAUAUCAUUACCCCAAACUAUUUAUUUCUACAAAAAAAAAAUUAAAAAUCUGGUUACAAAAUUAAUUUGCUGUACUUAAAACAUUUUACAAAAUACAA